AGGAUUUCAGAGCUGAAAGAGAAUGACAGAUGCUAUUCUUGGUAAUGUUACUAGCUCCGUCUAGAACACAGCAUUAUCACUACAAACGCCCACUACCAUGGUCCGAGAGGAGCACUUCCUAUGGCUCUUGGGGGAGAAGCUUCUCUUCUUUCAGGAAUGGAUCUGACAGUUAUACAGUGCUCAGUGUGAGGGCAUUUAUGGUGGUGCAAAUGUUUAUUGCCCACAAAUAGAACAAGAAAUGUUGACCAUUUCAAAAUGGAAAUUCACUAUUAAGACAGGAAAAGAGGUGAUUGCUAUAUGACAAGCUAAUAGUUCAGUUACAUUUAGGUGUCCAUUACCAAGUAGUAGGGAUGUAAUUUUUACUCUUACAGUGCUUUUUGACAUAACAAGAUAAACAUAUGAGAUAACUGGUGCUAGUGCUUGGUACCAAACCAUCUGCAAAGUAUUUUCUGUGUCAAUCUUGCAGAUUUCACAAAGAUGAGCCUUCAAGCUUUGCUUGGGAAAGACCACAACGUUGUCAUGACAGAAGGUCAAUAAAAAGGCCUAGGAAAAUACACAAUGCUUAUCUGUUACAACUGCUGUAUGAGUAUUGUUUUACAGGAAGUCUCCCUGUGGUAUAGUUUACCCUUACAAAUAUGGUAGGAGCUAUUAUGAACUGUGUCCUUAUCAUUUGAGAUAGAACGCAGUAUUUAAGCAGAUACGUGGCAGUGACAUGGUAUCUCACACCACAUAUGGCUGCGUUCUUACCCACAGCUCCUGCUAGGAAAAAAAAAAAAGAGAACAAGCAUUUUGUUGUGGAGCAGGAGAAAGUCAAAGACCCAAAGCUGUUUGUUACUUUUUGUGUUGAUCGUUAUGCAAGAUAAGGACACACACUGUGUGACAAGUUUUGCUACAAUAUGGGAUUGCAACAAUGUAAAGGAGCUGUGCAUUUAUCUGUGGGAAAGUAAAAGUUAUUUUGUUAUCUAUCUUGGAUUACCAAGUUUUUUACCAAGACUGUGUGCUCGUGGGUUUUGCUCAUUACCGUGAGAGUGGACAUCAUUCCUCUGGCCUCACUUUCUUUAGUGUAUAUGCACAGUCAUGUUCUAAACAGCCAUGUUUUGGCAUAGCCAAAAAUCUCUACCGAAACAGGUGCCUGUCUGCUCACUCCUCUCUUCCCAUUCCCCACAGAGAAUAACUAAAGCUGAAGCUCUUAAUCCCCGCCUGUGGCACUCCAGUGAAGCGCUCAGAGAUGACAGGCAGCAAGAGAGACCGAGGGGAUCGGGGCGGGGACGCGGGGCUCUCCGCGGCUCUCCGGGACGACCCGAGCAAGGGCUAGGCGACAGCAGCCAAGGGAUCUCGCUCUCCUUUUCCUCCUCCCUCCCUCUCUCCUUUCCUUCUCUCGCUCUCUUCCGUCCCACCCCACCGCCCCCUGGGCGGGCCGCCCGCCGUGGCCCAUAUAGGGGUGGCUCGGGUUGCCGGCGGCACAGCGCGUCUUUCCACCCCCGGGCUCCUCUCGGAAAAGAGGCGGAUUCCCAAUUGCGCCGCUGCCAUGGCCUCAGUACCCUCCGCCGGCUGCCUCCUGGCCAAGAACCAGUACUACAGAAACUGAACUCUGAAUCCAGUGUUUCUUCCAGCUCCUCCUGCUGUUCAGAUGCCUCGAACGUUACAGACCGGGAAAAAAUAUUUCAUGGGUUACCUGACUUAAUUGAUAAAUAUUGGUGGAUAAAAAGCUUCUUCCAUAGUGAACCAUCUCCACCACCUGUUGGCAGAAAAACACUAUCAGCAAGCAGUACCAAUAGUUGAAAGAACAGUGUGAUGGCCUUACUGACUGAGAUGCUAUAUACAGACCUGUUUUUCCAAGAGGCUUGGGAUCUUCCUAACGUCUGGGUUCAGCUGCAAGAAGAAAACAAAACCUUUAGGAAAGUGGAAAAGCGUAUUUUCAAAAUAUUUGUCAGUAGCUUAAAUGGUAUUGCUUAAUGGAUAUGUCCAUGGCCCACCGUGUUCUUUACGGAACUGUGUAAUUUGAGAUGUCUCUCUAAUGGAAGUAACCAGGAUUAAAUAUCCAGAUGAACUGAAUAAUUAGAGAAAAAAUUACAAUAAAGGUAAGAUUGUAGGUUUAGGAGAAGAAUCUGUAUUGGAUGACUUUGCAACUGGUUAAGUUACCUUUAAGAUAUCAGCUCUACAGGCAGUCACACUGAUACAAAGAUUCAGAUCUAUAGUCCGGAGUAGGACUGCUAUAUGGUACAUGUCUUCCAUCAAGUAUUUGUGUACCAGUUACAGAGAGUAAGUUUACAAGAAUGAUUGUCGAUUGCUUUGAUUUUAGAAAGCCCAGUUACAUGAAGAAACAGUAAUCUGUUUGGUCUCUUUGGUCAAGCAGGGUGCAUAGAUCCUAACCUCAAAUACCCAGGUACAACUUUCAUUCAUAUCUAUGCAUGUUGGUUUCUGAGGAUAGAAUAGAGGAGAUGGGCAAGGAACCAGUAAUCCUAGUGGACACUGACACUUUCCAAGGACAAAAGCAACCUUAAUCAGAGUUCAUACUCCCAGCUCUGUUUUAGAUUUCUCUCACUCACUUUGUUGUGGCUUGAAGAGCUACUUGUUCUUAGGUGACUAAUUUUAUCAAUAUUCUGCUCUCUGUCAGCUUAGUUAUGAGCUAGAUCUGGCAAAAUGUUCCACUCAAGCUAAUGACACUUAUUAUCCAAGUCAACCUUUGCUGUGAUUCGUGCUCCUGAAAGACACUGUAAUAUUGCAAUGCUGAAGACCAAAUGAAGCUAAUUAGUACAUCAGAUUACUUAUUCUACUGGGUAUGACUGAAAUGCAUCAGAGAAUAUGGCAAAUAACGUAUUUGGCUGGAUGAUAAAAUUUAUAUCAAUUAUCUAUGCAACUCUUUGAUGUAUUAUCAGUAAACCUGCCUGAUGUUUGUCCAUCACUGGAUGAACUAACAGUAGCAAAUAUUAAUGUAACCAACAUGUUUUUACAAUGAGUUAAUGGUUGUCAUGGCUGUGCAUAACUUCAAAGUGUAUCAAGUGGCUUCUUCAGGAGACUUACAGUCUCUGUGAAGACAAUAAAUGCAUGGCUGGUGACAACAGACAAGAACACAAUUCUGAAAGCAUAAUUUCAAGGGUCUUUAAAUUAACUUGUUAUGUGUCUUACUUUACUGCUAUUGUAUAGUUUCAUCUUUGUCCUUUAAGUGUACAGAAUGAGCUUUUUUAUGCUAAGAUUUUUUAUUAAUAAAUAUUUAAUCAGUA